UAAGAAGAAGAUACAGUAGACGCUCACAAAUUAGAACUCUUAGUAAUUAGAAUUUCCAGAAAUUAGAAUCAACUUUUUGAAUACAUUACAUGUUUUUUUGUUGCAAAAUAGAUAUAAAAAGGGGAAUCCCCAAUUUAUUCAUGUUACGCUCGGUAGUCGUUGGAUUUUCGUCGCUAUCUGUACAGUUUUUGUUAGUUUUUGUUUGAAAUUCGAUUCGCGUGCACGUGUUUCGGCAUUGUUUGCUUAAAAGUAAAAGUCGUUCGUUGAAAUGCCAAAUAAACGUAAGAAAAAUACUUUGUCUUUGGAAACCAAAGUGCAGAUCUUGGAAAAGCUUGACCAAGGUAUUCAAGGGAAGCGGUUAGCCCUAGAAUUUGAUGUGGCGCCAUCUGCAAUCACCUAUAUCAAAUCUAUGAAAUCAUCAAUUUUAAGCGCUGUUUCUAAUACCUAUCAUAAGGCUAACAAAAAAUCAUUGCAUAUCGCUGAAUAUCCAAAAAUGGAAGCAAGUCUUUAUAAGUGGUUUUUAAAUCAACGCGAAAAAAAGUGUACAUUAACUGGGCCAAUACUAAAGGAGAAAGCCAAACAAAUAUUCAAAGUGGAAUAUCCCGAUAAAGAUGAAAGUACAUUUAGCGCAAGUGAUGGAUGGUUUAGCAAAUUUAAAAAACGACACGGAAUACGUUUUUUAAAAAUUUGUGGCGAGAUUCUCUCUAGUGAUGUUGCUUCAGUCACCCCGUUUAUUCACAGAUUUCGUGCAAAAGUCGAUGAGAUGGGGCUAAUGGAGUCACAAAUAUAUAAUGUAGAUGAAACCGGAUUAUUUUACCGUUGUUUACCUGACAAAACAUACGUCUCUCUUUUCGAGAAAACCGCCCCCGGGUAUAAAAUCCAGAAGGAACGAAUUUCAGUGUUACUUGGUGUAAAUGCUGAUGGAUCACAUAAAUUAAUGCCAUUAGUAAUUGGAAAAGCAAAAAAACCAAGAAGUUUCCAAGGAUUCAAUAAUCCACUCCAUUACAACUUUUCAAAAAAUGCUUGGAUGACAUCUCGGAUUUUUCAUGAUUGGUUUCACAAGAUAUUUAUUCAUGAGGUGAUUCGUUUCUCUCAGGAAAAUAAUUUGCCUCCGAAGGCAAUUUUGCUAAUUGACAACUGCUCUGCUCAUGCACCAAUUGAGAAACUUCAAAGCGACGAUGGAAAUAUAAUUGCAUUUUUCUUUCCACCAAAUGUAACAGCAACUUUACAACCAAUGGAUCAGAAUCCUAUUAAGUUAACCAAGCUAAACUACAGAAGUAUGCUUCUUUCUCAAUUAAUUGCUGAAGGAGGUGACCUCAAGGUUCGCUUGAAAUCCUUUUCAAUUCGAAAUGCAAUCAUGCUAUUAAAGCAAGCUUGGUAUGAUGUUCCAGAAAGAGUAAUAAAAAAGUCCUGGUCAAAGUUGAACAACUGGGACUCUGAUCAGUAUGAAAGUGAUGACGAUGAUGUGCCACUAGCACAGCUACUGCAAAAAGAUCAAGACUGCAAUGGAGCUCUUCAGGCAGCUCAAGCACUUUUAACAGAAAUAGAGCCAACUAAUAACAUUAGCAUACCAGAAAUUGAAAUAUGGAACAAUGAUGUGCUUGAUGACGACCCUGCACAUGAUCUCAAUAGCGAUGAUGAGUCUUCAGGUAGCAGCGAAUUUGAUGACCGGGAGGUCUUACCAGUUGUCUCUACUUCUACAGCCAUUGAAAGCGUCAAUAAUUUAAUAAAAUGGUGUACUUAUAGUGAAUCGUUUUCCGCAAAGCACACAAGCAAUCUGCUAGCUCUUCGCAAUGAGAUUGUUAUUGCAGAAACAAAUAAAAGGAAGAAGCAAACAGCAAUAACAGACUACAUGCCUGCAAAUUAGUUACGAAGUUUUUGAUUAAUUUUUGGCUGUUUUAAUGUAUAUUUAUCGAUCUCUUAUGUAUUUUUGAUAAAAAAAAAUAUAUUUACUGUAAUUGGAGUUUUUGUUUUUUGGACCUUUUUUUGACUUA